AUGAAUCCCUAUCAACAACCAGGUUAUCCAGGAUACCCACCACAACAAGGAUAUCCACCCAUGCAACCAGGAAUGCCUAUGCAACCAGGUAUGAUUCCACCACAAGGUUAUCCUCCAAUGCAACCCGGAAUGCCUAUGCAACCAAUGGUUCCAAUGGGACAACCUCCAAUGAUGCCCAUGGGUCAACCAGGAAUGGUUCCAAUGGGUCAACCCGGUUAUUAUGCCACUCCUCCACCUACUGGUUAUGUUCAACCACCAGUGAAUUACACCACUACAACCACCUAUGCCUAUCCUCCUGGCCACAGUGGUUAUCAUCACUAUCAUCACGGAAAGAAGAUGAAGUUUGGAAAACGUAUGAAGUUUGGUAAAGGAUUCCACAAAGGAAAGUUUGGAAAGAAGUGGUUCUAA